AUCUGUCAAAAGUACGAUACGUGUAGGGAAACCGCAACAUACACGGCGACGACGUUCCGUCAGUGGACGUGAUGUUGUGAGCCGAACGAGCCGAGAACCAGAGGCUGAUCGUAGUGUGAAAGUAGUGAAAGAAUUUUUUCCCCGUGACGAAAGGCACGACGACGACGACGAGACGAAAUCCGCGGGCGCUACAUUCUCCACAUCACUCCAACGUUUUGUCCACUCGGCCGACGUCGACGACCUGCAGCACCUAGCCUGUGAAACCCGGAACGAGACUCGCGAUGGCAUCCCGGGGCGGACCCAUGGUCACGGGCACCGACGGUGCCGACUUCGAGCACAGACAACGUGUGGCCGCACAUUACCAAAUCAGCGCCCUCAACAAGGCCCGGUUAAAAUACUGCAUUUUCUUUCACUACCUGCUGUUCUUCGUGAUGCUCGUCAAGCUGUCCGCCGACAUCCUGGACCGCCUGGACAUCUUCAUCCUGGAGAUCGAGGAGCUGCAGAUACCGGCCCCACUCUGGUGGGAGUACUUCUGGUGCCUGUCGGUGUUCCUGUCGUUUGUGGGCCUGUCGGCGGCCCGCCGCAACCGGGUGACCGACAUGAAGAAGUACAUGGUCGGCAUCAGUACGGUUGCGUUCGUGCCGCUGAUUUACUGCAUCAUGUACUACCUGAACGACGUGCUGGAGUACAUUAGCCUGGAGGAGGGCACCGAGCUGGAGGACACGGACAUCUUCGUCUGGCAGGUAAUUGGUUACCCGUACGGACUGCUGUGGUACGGAUUCGUCCUGGUGGCGGUGCAGGUGCACCUCUUCUCGCUGUACUUUGCCUGGAACCUGGUCAAGGCCUGGAAGGCUCGCGGAGCGCUCAAGCGGGAGAACUAAGACAACACCCAGCCCGAAACACUCACUGGAAUCAACCGUUGAAAGACAAUAUUUUUUUGGACUAGCGCGCAACCCCACGUACUUCAAUGCUAUAGUAGAGUUGCUACCUAUCACUACCACCUAAUUCACUAAACUAAACGAGACUCGAUAGGAUCGCUCACAUAAGCGCACUACGUACUUGUUUUUCAAUUCCACUCUAGCGCACCUUUGACUAACCCUUGGUCAGUCAGCAAACAACGUCCUCGUACUAAGUGUCAUGUCGUCCCGACCCCCCCACAAAUAGCAUGAAUCAAGCAGUUUUACCAUCGAUGUUGUACAAUAAGAUAUUUGAUCAAUCUGACAAAAUAAAAACCCUAGCAUUUAACGCUAGAACAGUAGGAAACCUUCCGCACAACCAUCCCAUUGAAAUCUUCAAACCACUACCGAAAGAGAAGGAAAAAGCCAUUCAUCUUAUUCACACGGAAAAAAAGUCCUGUCAAUGAAAUCGUAAACAAAACAGUGACAAUGUUGUCGAAUCCGAAAUCAAUUCGCAAACACGUGGUUACGGCUUCGCUGACAGAACUUCACUCUGUGCUGCAUCAUCGUACGAACACUAUUACUUAUAAAUACAUACGAACGAAUACAAGGCUGCCACAGACCUUAACACGUAAGCAAUUUGUUGAUUUUGUUAGCUACGUUUAACUUUUGAAAUAAAACUUUUGUACCCAUUUUAUGUUUUGUUUUCGAUGCGGAAUCGAACCAUGAACUGACAAAUUUUCGUUUACCAUGACAUCAGUUUUUGUUUUUUGCAACACUCGAAUGCCGGAGUGUUACACAUUGGAGAAUCAACCACAUAAUACAAAAAAAAACAACAGAUAAAUACACAAUUGAUAGACGAAUAACGAAGAGCUCAAUUAGUUUGAUGUUUACAAAACAUAGAUUCUAGAAGAAAUAAAAACAAAACGCAAACAGGAAGCAGGUUACACAAACACACACACAUACUUUUUUGUGUAAAACAAAAACAUAAACGAGCGAUGCGCUAAAGGAGCUCGAAUCAACCCACAACAGGACAGCUGAACUUGGAGAAAAACCCCCCGCCUCGAAAACGGACUUGGCUAUAGAGGCGCUACCACCUAUGACAGAUUGCGGAUGUUAGUCCUUGAAACAAGGGAAAGCAGGAUAUUUUGCACGGACAUUUUAGGUAAAAGUGAAAAGUAUAAUAGACGAUAACGGACAGACAGACGGACAGUCGGAGAGAAAUAAGCAAACGAUAUUUAUUGUGAGUAAUGUUAUUCAAAAACCCGUUCUUAUGAAAGCAUUAGAGAGAUUGAAUACUUUAGGAGGGAGGAAGCGUAAAUAAAGUUGUUGUAUAAACAGGAGGACCUGGAA